CAGAACGACAUUCAGAAGUUUAUGUGAUGUGGAAAGAAUUUUUAACCGCUAUUUUUGUUCUUGAUUUCAACAAUGUGUCUCAAGCAGAAUACAUUAUGAUCGAGAUGUGCGAGCGUAUUAAAACUGUUGUAGUAUGGAAUAACUGUUGCCUCCUUUUAGUUAAUGGGAAUAUUCAACAGUUUUCGGCAUCUUCCUUUCCUUUUCACAGCCCUUUUGACCGUGCAUUCUAUGCCUUGUUCUGUUCUCAAACCAUUAGCUGUGCAUGUUAUUCUCUUUAUCGUCAAUUUAGUAGCUUUUUACACUCUUCUAUGGUAGAACAAUACACCCUGAGAAGCCUAUUUAUUUCGACCGCUUUGGCCAUACCCAAGAGAAAAUAAAGUCCUAAGGAUGCGAGGAAGGGGUCUUUUGUAUUACCUUUGAAAACAGAAGCUUUUUGUUUGUCUUUUCUAGUUUUUCUUCAAAGUGAGAAAGAGAAUAAUAACAGAUGAAUGUUGAAAAUUCAAUUUGCUUGCAUUCACAUUGUCAUAAAAAAACAGCCUCAUGACCUGUUUCGAAG